AUGGCUUCUGAAGUAUUGACUGAAAGACCGGUGGCCUACCCAGCCGCCAUUGAAGUGAAUGAGAACACGCAACAAUCCAGGCCGACCUCCGCCUUGGAGAUAGAAGAACCUCACGAUGAUGAGGAGAACAUAGUAUAUCCCACUGGACCAAAGCUAUGGUCGACCAUGGCUUCAAUGGCAAUCGCAUGCUUCCUCAGUGGCCUUGACAUUACCAUUGUCGCUGUCGCUGUCCCAAGCAUCACAGACGAAUUCCAAACCAUCGCAGAUAUCGGAUGGUACUCGGCUGCAUACGGCAUGACCCUCAGCGCCUUUGUCUUCUUCUUCGGCCAAAUCUACACCCUCUUCUCCAUCAAAGCCGUCUUCCUAAUCGGCAUCACCACAUUCGAACUCGGCUCUCUAAUCUGCACCCUCGCACCAUCCUCUGCAAUCUUCAUCCUCGGCCGUGCAGUCAGUGGUUUAGGCCGCGGUGCCAUCAACGGCGGCUUGUUCAAACUCCUCCGUCAAUGUUUUCCACUGUCCAAACAGGCUAUCACUAAUAGUUUCUUUGGCUCCAUCCAGAGUGUUGGACUUAUCACUGCACCUACUAUUGGCGGCGCUUUGAUCGAUGCGUUUUCGUGGAGGGCUUGUUUUGGCGUUAAUUUGCCGCUGGGGGUUAUGUGUCUUGUCUUAACGGCUUAUGGAGUCCAUGAACAGCCUCCGCGUAAUGAUGCACCUGUUCUUACUCUGAAGGAGAAGGUAAAAAAGGUAGACUUCUUUGGUACGCUCUUGGCAGUACCAGCUAUUACCUUUCUGCUCAUGGCACUGCAAUGGGGCGGAACAAAGUUUGGCUGGGGAAGUUGGCAGAUUAUUCUUCCUCUUGUGGUUUGCGCUCUUCUAUUCGUGGCAUUUGGAUACUUGCAGUAUCGUCAAGGUGACAAUGCUCUCUUGCCGCCGAGGAUCUUGAAGCAAAGGAGCAUUAUUGCAGGAAUGUGGUAUGGUGCCUGCUGCGAGGGAGUCUUGGCUGUGACUGAGUACUACAUGUCCAUCUACUUCCAGGGCGUACGUGGGUAUACACCCACAAAGGCAGGGUUACUGGCACUUCCCAUGGUCGGAGGUCUGGCUAUCGCGUUCAUCAUCUCUGGCGUUGGAACUACAUGGAUUGGAUACUAUUACCCACCAGCAUUCAUGUUGGCGACGAGUGUCCUGACACCAAUAGCAUCCGGUCUCCUCACAACACUCGACCUCGAGGAACAAAUCGCCAAAGCCGUUGGCCUACUCACCUUCCUCGGCUUGGCAGUCGGUCUCGGUCUCCAAGGUCCCCAAGUAGCUCUCCAAGCCGUCCUCCCCAUCGAAGACGUAUCUCUGGGUGGUGCAGUCAUCACUUUCGGUUCGGGAAUGGGCUCUGCCUUGUGGAUUUGUGCUUCAGCGACAUUAUUCCAGGAUCGCUUGUCAAAGGAGAUCCAAGAUGCAGCACCGGGUACAAACACUACACAUAUCCAAGAAGCGGGUCUGUCGAAACUGAGAGAGUCAAUUGGGCCUGAUAGGUUGAAGAGCGUGUUGUCUGGCUACGAGAACGCUGUUGUUCAGACAUUACCUAUCAGGGCCGCCCCUGUGAAGGAGGGUACAACUCCCCCAAGGACUCUCCUCGAGCGAGCCGUGUCGAAGCGUUCAGGCAUCAUAAAGUCGGCAUGCUGGGAAUGUCGGAAACGAAAGGCCAAGUGCAAUGGAAAAAAACCAGUUUGCAUCAACUGCUCGAAAUACGACCGAGAAUGCGUAUACGACUCCGACAUCAUGGAAUCGCGGGUCAAGGGCUUACAGCAGGCGAACCAAAAGCUCGAAGACGAACUGGCAGCUGCAAAACUUUUGAUGAGACAGAUUGCCAAUGGCUCCGCUCAAUUGAGAAGUGCCGUGUCGGAAUUGCUGGAGGAAGAUAAACAACCAUCUGAGAUAACAGAGUUGUUGAAGAACGAUGAAAACGCGAAUGACAAGAUGGAUGAGGCGGAUAGCGGCCGGCUUUUGAGCACAUUAAAAGAUCCAAUACUACGCGAUGUUGCCAAUGGCACUUCUCAUUUAUUUCCGGUGGAGAAGUUCGAGCCUUUCAGUGCAGACAGCUCGAGCAUGAAGCAAGAAUCAUCGCCAGAUACUGACUCGUGCAUUGCCAUGGAGUCAGCAGCAGGGGUUACUUACACAGCAAACCCCUCCACGAUCUCUAAACCUAAUUACACAUCUACCGAGACGCUAAUCCAUGACACCCAAACAAGCACUCCAUCGUUUACAGACAGCGCCGAGAGCAUUCCAUUUUACUCGUCACAGCUGCCAUACUCCCAGUCAUCAAUUAUCUCGACGAAUAAUUCUCUGCCGGACGAGUUACCUACCUUGACUCACCAACCUGACAACGAAAGAAUCAUCGCCCAGCAGACAGAACACACGAGUUUGUUUUUCCAGCCGCUGUUUAACCAUAAUGAUUAUUAUCUCUCAACCUCGAUAACCACACCUGUGCCGCAAGAAACACAGGAUACAGACUCCGCGACCUUGCGUGUUGGUGACGAAUAUCCAGACAGCACACACGCCAAUUUCCCUGCCGAACCGAGGAAUCGAGUCCGCGUAGCAGAGGAGGAGCUUCAGGACAGAGAACUCAGAAUUUACCCUAAUUACGAAAACAAUUUUGGAAACCUUACGCUUUCGAAUAGUAUCAGAGCCAAUGGGUAUCCUCGACAUAUACAAGACGCCCAGAUACGCAAUAUCUUCGUGCCGAGUUGGGCUGCUACAACACUCAACACUGAACUGGACCCCGGGGAUAUGAGCAAUGCAUUCGGCGACAUAUAUCAAAAGACCACGAGCCUUCUCAGGAAAGGAGAGCCCUUCAACCGUGUGAUUGGAGACCAUCCAAAUAUUGCAGCGUUAUAUGACCAAGAUCAAUUUGACAGGUCGUGUUUGUUGUCGCAAUGGGCUGCUCGCAUGGUGCACAGCGUGAAAUGCCAGGGAUAUGACUUUACCUGUUUCGCAUCCAUGAAUGUUUUCUGGUACAUGAUGCGGUGGAUGAUUUACCCGUCACCUGAGACGUACGCUGCGAUGCCGGAAUGGAUCAGACCAACUACAAAUCAGCUCUUCACGCCCCACAUAAGUAUGGCUGACUUUGUCCUCUGGCCUGCAUUUCGCGAUCUCGUGGUGCAGUUCCCGCAGCUUCAGGAGCGCAUGGCGUGGUUGGCUGAUAUGUCUAUGUAUAUCCGGUGCGAGUGGCCGUAUGCGCUUGAAGAUGCAUUAAAACCAGAUCCAGUCAAUGGAACAAUUGAUCUAGUUGAUCUGGCCAAGGAGCAUAUUUGGAACUUGGGAUCUUGGUCUGUUGGACCGUCGUUUAGAAAAUUCGUCGCAAACGCGGAUGCAUACCUUCAGAUUAGAAAUGGGCAAUGAAUAAAUCAUUAACUCAAGCGAUAAG